AUGAGAGAACGGCUACAUCGCAUCGGAAAGGCACAGUUUCAUCUCCUCGCUUAUAUGUUCUUACAUGUGCAAAAUGUGAUUAGAAUGGAAUCAGAAAACAAGAUGGGCAUUCAUGCAUUAGGACUGCUCUUCCAGACUGUUCUAGAUAUUAGUAGGCAACUAGUAUGUUAUCUGAUAGUGAAUGCAAGUGCACGACUUUUCCCAGAUGCACCGAAGAAUGGCUACUUAUUCGACGAGGUGACGAUAGUCCCGUGA